GAAUACGAGGGCAAAUGGCCUAAUUUCUGAGCGAAAUCAAGAGGAUAGUUCGCAAUUAGAUUUAUAAACCAUGCUGUUAUGACUGUAGACAAAUCGAGACACGAAAGAUGAAGCUCCACAUACUGAGCCAACAGGCAAAUGUGCCUUGCCUUGUUUUGAAGUUCAGAGACGUCUCAGUGAUGUUAGAUUGUGCAUUAGACAUAUCAUCAUUGCAGUACUUUUUGCCUGUCAAACAAGUAGCGAGCUGUCAUGAGCCAAAUUUAAAGCUAUGGAAGAGCUAUUCGUCAGAAGUAAAGGAAAGUGACAAGCUGAACUUGUAUGAAGUUGCAAAUCACAUUUUCAUUGAUAGUGAGCCAGAAUUCAUUUUGCCAGAGCAAGGCUUGGUAGACUUUGCUGAUUUGGAUAUAAUUCUGAUCUCAAACUACCACAACAUACUAGCACUGCCAUAUAUUACAGAGUAUUCUGAGUUCAAAGGGAAAGUUUAUGCUACAGAACCAACUCUUCAAAUUGGCAGAUUGUUAAUGGAAGAGCUGGUAGCCUACAAGGAGAACGGUUAUUCCUCAAACUCGUCAAUGUGGAAGAACCAGCAGAUCAGAAGAUUUCUACCGCACCCCUUUAGUGAACUUACAAACCCAGAAGCCUGGAAGGCAUUGUACAACAUUCAUGAUGUGAAAUCUUCAAUUACAAAGAUCCACCCAUUAGAUUACAGUGAGAAAAUAGAUAUUUUUGGAAUUUUGGAAAUCACUCCUAUCAGCUCAGGAUUUUGUAUCGGAAGUUGCAACUGGGUACUUCAAACAAAUUUUCGAAAGAUUUCGUACGUCUCAGCUUCAUCUGUUUUCUCGACGCAUCCGCAACCUUUAGAUCAAGCUGGACUAAAAUCUAGUGACAUCAUGAUAAUGAAUUCCUUGACUGAAGCCCCCACUGUUAAUCCAGAUGGAAUGUUACGAGAAUUCUGCAACCACCUAACGGCUACACUAAAAAAUGGUGGAAAUGUUUUGAUUCCGUCGUACCCUUCCGGGGUCAUCUAUGAUCUGUUUGAAUACUUGGUAUCCUUCCUCGAUGGCUCUGGCUUGUCAUUUGUUCCAAUAUUUUUCAUUUCACCAGUGGCAGACAGUUCUUUAGCAUACGCCAAUAUUUACGCUGAAUGGUUAUGUCAGAGUAAGCUGUCGAAAGUGUAUCUUCCGGAAUCACCGUUCACUCAUGCUGAGCACAUAAAAACCGGAAGACUGAGGCAUUUCAAAUCUUUACAAGAUGGAUUUAGCAGUGCUUUCAAAACCCCUUGCAUUGUGUUUACUGGUCAUCCUUCAUUGAGGUUUGGUGAUGCUGUUCAUUUCAUGAAUUUGUGGGGAAAAUCAUCAAACAACACAGUGAUAUUCAUCGAACCAGAUUUUCCAUACAUAGAAGCCCUAAGUCCAUUUCAACCGCUAGCUAUGAGGGCUUGCUAUUGUCCGAUCGACCCUCGACUCAAUUUCACUCAAGUCAACAAAUUGAUCAAAGACCUUAGGCCCAAGGAAAUGAUUGCUCCUGCAAAAUAUUUGAAACCUCCUCCGUUGCAACCACACCGCACUGAUUUGUCGAUCAACGUGGAGUGCAAACUAACUCCGUACGAUAGAUAUGAUACAAUCAGUCUUGCAGUGCCGAAAAAAUUUGAAACAGUGGCAUUGUCUAGUGAGCUGUGCUCUGAACUGUCUCCGAAAGAAGUCGAGCCUGGUGUUGCCAUUUCCUCUUUGUCUGGAGUUCUUGUCACACGUGAUAACAAGAUGACUCUAAAUUCAUAUACAAGCAAAAAAUCAUAUGGAUCAAGCACGGGUAACAGACUGUUUGGUGAUGUUUCAGUGGAUCAGUUAAUCGCGGCAUUGGAAGAGAAUGGCAUUGUUGGAGCCCAGUGGGAUACACAAGAGAAUGGUGGAUAUAUCAUACAUUUACCUGAUGCAGAUGCAGUUAUUCAGAUACAUCACGGAACCACUCACAUAAUAAACCAUGGAAGCGAUGAAUUAAGAAUCAAGAUACGAGAUGCCUUGUUGUCGAGUUUACUACAAGUGUGAAGGUAUUUCUAUAACAACGCCCAUCUUGAUUCAAAGCAAGACUUUUGAAAAAUUGAAAAGGGCCAGGGAAUUCCAUGUGGACGCUCCAGUUUAUAAGUGAAUAUACAUACCGGGCAGCUGGUAGCUUCAGCCUGGAUUAGAAAGUAUCAUCCGGAAUCUAGUUGGCCUUUCCGGAUGUCCAGGACUUUGAGCGUCGUUGAAACUACUAAGAAGGGACUACAACUGGUUCUGUUUGGAACAUCUCUUAAAUAUGAUUAGACCAAUAGAAUAUAAACAGCCUGACAUUUUAGUAUUAUCUAUUAUAAGUGAGAGAGUAGAGCAAAUUGAGUAGAGCAAGUAGUUUGAUGAUAACUCUAGAUACGGAAUUCAGCAAGAAUUUCCUUCGCA